GUUGUAUUGUUUUGGUUUUAGAAUAAACAGUUUUUGUUAAUUGCGAUCCUGUCAGUAAUUAAUUUCGGAUAUAAUGGAAUAAUUGACGAGAAGAUUUUUGCUCUCAACUUUGAUAAUUUCUGGGAGGUUUACUAUAACGAGACCCUUUGUCCCCCCGGCUUCGCCAACUACACCGCCACAAACCGAACCAUCUGCUACAUCUACAACCGAACCUGUCCCUACCCAAUGCCACUACCAUUCGACCCAUCAUCCAAUUUAACAAAAUCCUUCAACGAAACCAGAAUCCAAGUAACAAAAAACCAAAGACACGACUUCUACUUCUGGGAGGAAAAACGCGGCAGAUUUGGCACACUCUUUGACCAAGAAAUAAAAAAUGCAACCGAAAAUAUGACCGGUGACUUCAUAGCCACCUACAACGAAACUUUUACAUACUAUGCAACCGACAGUAACGCCACCUAUAACCAGUUAUGCGCCUACGACGCGCUUGACACUGACCGCAUAAACUACUGCACACUGUAUGACAAAAUUUGUGCACACGGAAACCCUGAUGGAAACACAACUAACUGUCAUUGCAGACGUAGAGGUGAAAUUAGUACGCAUUUUUGCGAAUUAAAGUGUGACAAUUGGACGGAAACAAAUAGUACGACGUGUAACGAAUGUGAGGAAAUUUUUCACGCUUACAAAGAUCCCACAAUUCGGUUGUGGUUCAACUACCACACGAGAGAAAUAUCAGUGGGGCUUGGAUCCUACUUGAGACUACUUCCGAUCAGUGAAAGCCAAGCGAUUGUCUAUUGUUUCACAGAUGCUGAUCACUCCACUCAUGACAUUACUUACAGGUAUAACUUAAGUCGCCCCAGUGACUUGAAAUAUAAAACGGCCACCUAUAAUCUAGAGCCUGUUAAUGACUCAAUUGGACACUACUGGUGUCAAGGGUUCAAAUUUGAUUUGGGUCCUGUAUCUAGUCCACAAAUUAUCGCCGAGGGAAAACUCCACAGAGAGUCAUUCACAAUGAAUGUGACUGUACGUGAAGACGAAAGGACUUAUCCUUUGACAAUACACGAAAAAACAGAACAAGAACUUGAAGACAUCAUCAAUAAUAAGAGUUUGAUUCAAGAAAUUAAAUUUUUGCGCUUGUAUGAGCGUCAAACUGGCCACAACUCCACCAAUGUCACACUGAGUUAUCGGCUGUACUUGAACGCAACCAACAAUACAAUGAUGGACGUCCUUGAUCAAGUGACCACAAUUUUCAACCAAUCAGAUGCCCCCAACAUCAAAAACUUCACACUUUCGCCCAGCUAUUGUCUCCCUGAUACGACCAUAACCAAUGGUAUAACCCUCACAUGGGGGAAAACCCUGCUGGGAAGCACCACAGUCCCGAAUGAACUGUGCCUCCAAAACAACACAAAACCAGUGACACGUACAUGCCAAGGCGAAUACCUUUAUGGCACUUAUUGGUCGGAGGUUAAAGGCACGUGUGUCAACAACAGCGGCGAAUUAUUCGGUUCACCUCACACUAUACAAUUACACAACCUCACAUAUUCACACUGUGAACCAAACGAAAAAAUCAACCAAUUGAAUGAAAUGCUCCAAGAGAGCAAAACACCAAUAACAAUCGAUGCGCACUUCAUGGCGAAAAUUUUCGAAAACGUGACUUCGUCCCAAACCCUCCAAGUGACCCAAGUCUUGGAAACGGCCAGUAAAAUAAUGAACAUGCCACGUGACGUGCUACAAGAAGCCCAAACAAUGCUCAACUCAACCGACAUGAUCCUAUACAGUCUUGAUACAAUAAUCGCCGGUUAUAACCUAACCGAUGACUAUUUCAGCCUAACCUCUGGCCAAAUCUACACCCAAAUCAGCAACAUCUCGAGCAACAUAACCGGCGCCGCCUUCUACGAAACCAAAACCGGGCGUCGGUUACAACCGCUCCGUAACCAAACCACGCCCGACUACAACGACACCACCUUGAAACUCUGCGCCUAUCUAACGCCCAAAACCAUCGCCCACAACCGUAACGCCAAGUUGGUUAUAACCGUCUUCCUAACCGACUCACUCUUCAACCCCCAAAAAACCACAACCGGUUACACGACCAGUGUUUACGUCACACCAAAUGGGGUUGAUACGUGGGUUGAGGAACCGGUCGUGAUGAUUCGGCCGUUUCGGAAAUACAGGGCCGUACUUAUGUGUAACUACUGGUCGUAUGGGCGCAACCAAUUGUGGUACAAUUUGAAGGGUUCGUGGGAACAUGAGGAUAAAACGCCGGCUUGCACUUUGGGCCAAAUGUGUCCCUGUCCGUUCGUUCGCAUGAACCCGUUUGGGAUUUUGGUGGGGGAUGAGGAUGACGUUAUUUUGAGUAUUGUUACGGCGACCGGUUGCGCCCUUUCGGCGCUGGGCAGUUUGGCGGUGAUUGUAACCGCAGUUGUGUAUAAACAGUGGCGCGAAAAAUCCGGCACUAAAAUACUCCUCAAUUUUGUGUUAACAAACUUGGCACAGAAUAUUUUCCUUGGGGUGAGUAGUGGGGUUAAUAGUUACACGCAAAUCACCACGUGUGUUACAAUAGGGGCGUUACUACACUACUCGGUUUGUUCGCAGUUUGCGUGGAUGCUGAUCAUUGGCUACUUGCAGUACAUGCGCUACGUUGAGGUGUUUUACGUCGUGCACAACAAUUUCGUAAUUUGGGCGUCGGUUGUAGCCUGGAUUUUGCCAAUAGUUCCGGUUAUAACCGUUUUACAAAUGAACGACGCCUACUAUCUCCAAGACAAUUUCUGCUACUUGACCAACAGACCGCUCUUUUACGGUGUUUAUGUCCCGGUUUCCAUCACUUUGACUGUAAACAUUGUCAUUUUUAUGACAAUUAUCGUCAAUAUAACGUGCUACCGGGCCCAUAGUCCGGACCGGUUAAGGGACAAUAUCUCGUGGCUUAAUUUACGUCUCGUCAUUUUACUGUUCUUCCUCAUGGGUUUGUACUGGGUGUUUGGGGUGUCGGCACGUUUGACGCAACUUGUCGCCUUGGAUUAUUUCUUUUGUAUUUCGGCUUCGUUGCAAGGUUUGGUGAUUUUUUUGUAUUUUAUUGUUUUUAAUAAAAUGACGCGGAAUUUUUGGUUGAAACAAUUAAGGCGGGCGGAAAUGAUUACAACAAUGCAGUUGUGGUUGCAACAAAGGAGGAAAAUCGGGAGGGUUAAGCUUGAUAAAGGUAGGACGAAAAGUGUGAAAAUGAGGAUUAUGAAGUCGUUAGGGGAGAGGGAAAAAUGUAAGUAGUUUUGCCUACCUGGA